GUCAGCUUUCUACUUUUAGAAGAAAAGGGUAAUAUAACGGUGGAUGGCUUCCCCUGUCCUCUCCUACCGGUCUACGUUUCCUAUAUAGCAUGCAAUAAGAACUCUAUUUAGAAGCAAUCACUGAAAGAGGUCGCCAAUUCAAUCUAUCAAACUCGAAACAUUAAUAUUAACGAUCCUGUCUCCUUUUGUUUUCUCUAUUAAGGAAAAAAAAGUCUCCUUCUACUCUCAAUCUAGAUUUUGAAUUCUCUCAACGGACGCUAUAAUCUGAAGAUUUUUGUUGAAAGAUCUGUUUGUGAGGACAUGGGCAGGCUGUUUGUAGAGAGUCUCGAAGGGAGGAUCUAUAGUUGCAAGCACUGCAGGACUCAUCUUGCUCUUUAUGAUGAUAUUGUUUCAAAGUCUUUCCACUCCAGGCAUGGGAAAGCUUAUCUGUUCAAGAAGGUAGUGAACGUCUUUGCGGGAGAGAAGGAAGAGAGAAUCAUGAUUACCGGGCUGCAUACUGUUGCUGACAUUUUCUGUGUUGGGUGUGGAUCAAUUGUGGGCUGGAAAUAUGAGACUGCACACGAAAAGAGCCAGAAGUACAAGGAAGGAAAAUCUGUCAUUGAGCGGUUUAAGGUGUCUGGUCCUGACGGAAGCCAUUAUUGGGUGAAUCAUGAACACCACCACAUUGGUGGAAGCGAUGCAGAUGAUGUUUGAUUAUCCAUCUUGUCGUUUCGAGUUGUACAUGUUUCUCUCUUCUGAUAUUCCUGGUUUAGCUAUGAAAAACUGAAACCAUCAUUUGGACAGCUCUUUCAACUAGCUUUCAAUAAUUGAUUCCAAACUUGGAAUGUUGAAUCUGAUGAAUCCAUUCCCAGUUUCAUAUGCCAGUUAAUGUGCACGACAGUUGUUGAAUCCCUUAUUGCAAUUACAAGGGUGAUUUGCUGGUGUAAAUCAACCCUGUGAUUGUUCAUUGCAUAAGCAAGAUGAUUGUCUUCUUCUUU